CCCUUCGAGUCUCCACCGCUCGCCACCUCUUUCCCUUUAGACCUUUCAUCUACAUCGACUCGCUCAGCACAACAUGGAACACGAAAUAGACGGGUGGAUUCAACAACUUAGCCAAUGUAAGCAGCUCUCAGAGGCAGACGUCAAAAAGUUAUGCGAAAAGACGAGGGAAAUCUUGAUGGAGGAAUCCAAUGUGCAGCCCGUAAGAUGUCCUGUCACCGUUUGUGGCGACAUACAUGGUCAAUUCCAUGAUCUGUCGGAGUUGUUUCGUAUCGGCGGUAAUUCGCCUGAUACGAACUACCUGUUCAUGGGCGACUACGUCGACCGAGGCUACUACUCCGUCGAGACCGUCACGCUCCUCGUUGCGAUGAAGUUGCGGUAUCGCGAGCGAGUCACCAUCCUUCGUGGCAAUCACGAGAGUCGACAAAUCACGCAAGUAUACGGCUUCUACGACGAAUGUCUGCGCAAAUAUGGAAACGCCAACGUAUGGCGAUACUUCACCGACCUAUUCGACUACCUUCCUUUGACCGCACUGAUCGAAAAUCAAAUAUUCUGCCUCCACGGAGGCCUCUCGCCCUCGAUCGACACCCUCGACCACGUGCGAUCCAUCGACCGUGUGCAGGAAGUGCCUCACGAGGGACCCAUGUGCGACCUCCUCUGGUCGGACCCCGACGAUCGUUGUGGGUGGGGGAUAUCGCCCCGUGGUGCUGGAUACACAUUCGGGCAAGAUAUCUCGGAGGCCUUCAAUCACAACAACGGGCUAACGCUCGUCGCACGCGCACACCAGCUUGUGAUGGAGGGCUACAACUGGGGCCAAGAUCGUAAUGUUGUGACGAUCUUCAGCGCGCCGAACUACUGCUACCGUUGCGGCAACCAAGCAGCCAUCAUGGAGAUCGACGAAAAACUAUCUUAUAGCUUCUUACAAUUCGACCCCGCGCCGCGGGCGGGAGAACCACUCGUCACACGACGGGUACCGGACUAUUUCCUCUAACCUCGCACCCACUGUAUUGUACAUACAUCGUGCCCCUACUUCCUUCUGUAGCUCAACCACUUCAAUAUACCUUCCUGCCCGCACGCGCAGCUGUGGUUAGUCUCAGCCCCCAAUCCCGCCCUUCAAGCUUCAAAGCCCAAUUCUCUCGCUCACCAUCGAACAUGAUGCGCAUUUUUCUUAUUUAUUUUCUUUUUGGCGUUUCUUCGUCCACUCUUCUUUCUUUCGAUGCUCGCUUGCCGCACGGAUUAAUUUCGACGCUUCGUUGGACGCAGUCUCUCUUACGUACAUUUGUGUCUGUGACACACGGACAGGUUUUUCAUGAAGAGAGAAGUUAAAAAGAUAUGAAAGAGUUCGUCGGAUGUAGAUUAAAGACUGAAAUAGCAAUCCUGGCGAGGCAGAACAAACCCCAAUCC